UUCACUGAAGAUACAAAAGACAUGUUCGAAUUGAAUAAUCGUGACACAAGGAUAAAUGACAAAAAAGUGAUAACGAAGAAGGUCAACUUCGAAUUGCGGAAAAACUUUUAGAUCAGCUACAGAUUGGAAUAUGUUGCCAGGAGAAUUAAUUGACCCGAAGACCUUGAACGCUUUCAAGAAAAAACUGGACAAUUAUUGGAAGAAAAGCGGAAUAAAUAAAUUUGAGACGAAUUAAUCGAAAAUGAGUACAUCAUGAGCUGAUCGAUAGAAGCGACAAAACGCCUAAAAAAUCAAAAAACAACUGAACUGAUCUGAACUGAGUUAACUUAAGUUUUUGGCUCAGUUGCCGCUCAAUAAUGUUUUUCGAAUUUUUAUUCAACGCCUUCGAAUGUGUUUCUGGAAGUGUUUGCGCCAAAAAACCUUAUUCCACACUGCUUUUUGAAGUUGUUUAUUUUUUUUUACUGUUUUUGGAUGCAGUGGCUUUCCUUUUCUGUGUGCUAGCUUGCAAAUGUGUUUUCAUUGUGAUGUCAAAAGUGGGGUGAAGCUCCGCUUAGCCUCUGUGUUCAUUAUUGUUAUUUGAAUUUCAGGUGGGCGUUCCUGGCCGUAUAGUUCCCGUAAGGAAUUUUUAUAGCUUAUUUUUCGUGAAGCGUACAGAUGUUUCACAUCCAAAGACAUGAUUGUUCCCUUCGAAACUUCGAAUUUGCUGUCGUUUUUUACCCAAAUCUUCCUUAAUCAGUGUGGUCGGAACAUCUGUGGUACUUGCACAGUAACCGGCUAUCCGUGUUCUUUUAUGCGUCUUCAUUUCCAGAACUGUUGGCUGCUAGUUUGGAAUGCAACACAGAAGAUUAUUAUUUCUUGCCGGUGGAAUUAGUGGACUUAUCCUUGUGUGGCACUUCUGCAAGGGGAGACGACAUAUAAAACUCGCAAAAACGGCACCCUUUUCCAAGGAGUCAGCGAAACCGAGAAAAACAAGGCUAAGAAACAUGGUGUCAUAUUUCGGAUUUAAAGAAGCUCAAAAUGACACUGCUCUUGUUCACCGCUCAAUAAAUCUUGCAGUUGAUGCAAUUGUUGGGUUACAAGCGUCGAAUCAGGUUGACAGCGAAAAUGUUGCUGCGGCUUUUGAUUUGCUGAGCAAUAUCGUUUGUUAUCCGGAAAGUCUUGCAUUUUUUUCACCAUCGUUUGUAAAAGUUACCACAAUUUUCUGGGACAACUCAAAUAAUCUGGAGAACCAAGUUGUCCUAGCUGGGCUGAAGUUUUACUCUAAUGUAACUCUGAACGAAGAGUUUUUGGGUAAAGUUGCUACUAGUUGUGUAAUUCCCUGUGUUGAACUUGUCGAAAAUAGUUCGGAUCCGGAGUUGCGUCUUAGUGCCUUAAAAGUGUUGGUGAAUGUUUCAUCUUACACAAAAUGCAAUUCAUUUAUUCAAGAAGCGCUUUCGGUUCAAGGAAUCGAUUUAUCUCGCUGGAGUCUGCGUGCUGUAAACCAUGGUCAACAUGAAGAAAUAGAGAAAUUGAAUUAUCUCGAAAAUAAUUUGAAAAUGACUAUUUUUGCAUGAAUAAGUCUUGAAAAUGACUAUUGACUCAUGAAUAAGUCUUCGAUUUGAGUUUAUCUAUUUGAGAUUAAAACUUCGGAAAUUCUAACUGAUUCAGCGAAUUAGAUGGCAUUAAGAUAGAAGUUAUGUACGCGUUGGAAGGCUCUUUGUGACUUUAAAUCAACCCGGUUUUUCCCGUCUUUCAUUUGAAAUCAAUCAGUGUGCACUGCGGCUAUCAGGUGGCCUGCUCAACUGCUCUUAUAAACACGUCUGAAUUUGGGAUCUCUAAGCUACUGCUAGAAGUUUUUGUUCCGACUUUCUUAACGAAAGUAACGGAGUAUUUGUGCUCGGGUUGGGUUUUUUUAAACUAAUUUCGACUUUUUAACUAGCCAUUUUUGGCGGAUUUUUUAAAUAUCAUUCAAAAGAUAUUGUUGUCCUGAGCUUAAAUUUGAAAAAAAGGCAUGUGGCUUUGAAGGUUGCCAUUUCGCCCAAAUUGGGACAAAUUACGCGCGAUGUAUUUCAGAUGUAAGCAGAGAUUUAAUCCGUCUUAGAAAUCGUUCCAAAUUGGUUGAAGGCAGAUAAUUUGCCAUAAUUGAUAUGUUCUACGAGCGAAAUUCACCACUUUGUACCUAAUAUGGCGUGUGGGGGGAUGAUUUUCACAAAAUAAAUAUCAAAAUAAACAAAAAAUUAAUUUUAUUUUUAUUACAUUCAGUUUUCAUGUUUGUCAUUUGCUUUGCAAAUUCAAAAGAACCUGGUAUACAUAACAUCGGGAGGCUUAGCUUUAGAAGUUUGUUUCGUUGAUAGAAACAAAUGAUCGGAAAAGGUAAUAAAAGGUAACUCUGAUUUCUACAUUUCUUUGAGA